AUGCCAUCAAACCCAUCGCGAGACAGCCCGGCGCGUCUACUGGCCCCACGAGACAGCCUAGAGUUGGGCUCACUCGCGAGCUCCAACGACGACGGACGCAACUCGAUAGAAAGCUCGUUGUCCGGCACACCUUCGUCGCGCAGACUCUCCUCUGGUGGCGCGACACCGACGCGACCGACGCGCGGAGAUCGCUCCUACUCCGUCUCCAGCGCCUUUGAUUUCAACAGCUCCCUGUUUCCACUGUCCUCAUCAGGCCCGGGCUACACCUCCCUCGGCGCGCCGACGACGCCCGGCUUUGAUCUCGGUGCACAAAGCCUCGAACGCAACAAGAGCUUGACAUAUCUCAACGGCCUGUCACUGGUCAUCGGCGUGGUCAUUGGCAGCGGCAUCUUCUCCUCGCCCGCUAGUGUCAAUACCAAUGCAGGCUCACCAGGCGCUGCAUUAAUCGUUUGGGUCAUCUCUGGUAUCUUGGCUUGGACGGGUGCGGCGAGCUAUGCGGAGCUGGGCGGUGCCAUUCCGUUGAAUGGGGGCGCGCAAGUAUAUCUCUCCAAAAUCUUUGGCGAAUGGGCUGGCUUCCUGUUCACGUGGUGUGCCGUGGUAGUGCUCAAGCCGGGCUCGGCGGCUAUCAUCGCGAUCAUCUUUGGCGAGUACGUGGUGAGUGCCAUCACUGGCACUGACGCGAGCGGUGUCAGCCCAUGGAUAAACAAGAGCGUGGCAUUGUUGGGGCUUGUGCUGGUCACGGCCAUCAAUUGCGUCUCCACCAAGCUUGGUACGCGUAGCGCCGACUUCUUCAUGUUCUUGAAGUUUGUCGCGCUGCUUGGGAUUACCGUAGCAGGCAUCGUCGUUGCAGUGACGGGAAUGGCAUACCACAAGGAAGCUCUGUCCCAGACUUGGAAGACCACUCCGUGGUUUGAGGGAACCUCCACGUCGUCUUCAGAAUGGGCGGUCGCUAUUUAUGCCGGUCUCUGGGCGUACGAUGGGUGGGACAAUACCAACUAUGUUGUCGGCGAGAUGCUCCACCCAAGUCGCGAUCUGCCAAAGGUCAUCCACACCGCAAUCCCUGUGGUCAUCCUGGCUUACAUCCUCGCAAAUCUGGCAUACAUUUUCGUUUUACCCACGGAAAUCGUCAACAGCUCAAACACAAUCGCAGUCGCGUUUGGAAGUACAGUGCUCGGUAGACUCGGCGCGCUCAUUCUGGCUCUCGCUGUCGCUGGAUCUUGUUUCGGUGCGCUCAACGCAUCCACAUUCACCGCCGGCCGCUUGGUCUACAGCGCUGGCAAAGAAGGCUACAUUCCCGAGAUCUUCGGCGCUGUUGGCCUCUCCGAUYCGUCUCACCGCAUGCGACUCCCUCGACGCGGUCCCCGAGCCAAGAAGCUCACCAGCUUCAUCGCGGAUGAACAGGGCUUCUUCUACACGCCCAUCUACGCCAUGAUGCUCAACGCAGCGAUCACAGCAAUAUACGUUGUAAUUGGAGACUUCACCACUCUGACGACCUUCUAUGGCGUGGCAUCCUAUUUAUUCUAUUUUGCAUCCGUCGUUGGCUUGAUUAUCUUGCGAGUCAAGGAGCCAGAGCUGGAUCGGCCCUACAAGUGCUGGAUCACGACGCCCAUCAUAUUCUGCUGCGUAAGCUUGUUCUUGCUGAGUAGAGCAAUCUUUGCGAAACCUUUGCAGGCUUUGGUCGUGCUAGCUUUCAUUGCCGUGGGGUUUCCGCUGUAUUGGUGGCGAGUUGGGAGUAAAAGGGGACGUAAAAGUGAGCAGAAUGGCAGUCAGAAGUUUUGGAAUAGGUGGCGGAGGAAGUAG